AUGCCUGAUGCAGUCCUCGACGAUAUCUCACAUCGACGAUUCAACCCAUUGAAAAAUGCCUGGGUGCUUGUGUCGCCACACAGAACCAAAAGGCCAUGGCAAGGCCAGCAAGAAUCGCCCUCCUUAACAACGUUACCCGAUCACGAUCCCUCAUGUUACCUUUGUCCUAAGAAUAAGCGGGCCCAAGGAGACGUCAACCCAGAUUAUGAGUCGACUUUCGUCUUCGUCAAUGAUUACAGUGCCGUCAAGGGAGACCAGGCGCCAUAUGAAGUGGCAGAAGAUGAAAAUAGCCUCGCAACCUCCCUGCUUCGCGCGGAACCUGUCACCGGAAAAUGCUACGUUGUCACUUUCUCCCCCCGACACAACCUGACGCUCGCGGACCUUGAAUCUGCUCAGAUUUCAGUCGUCAUAGACACAUGGACACAGAUCUAUAACGCGCACUUGCCCGCCAAUUCUCCUCUCACUGAAAAAGCAAGCUCCAGACCUUCCCAGCCAUUAAUACCAGGUUUCACCCUCCCAAAGUCGAAUGCCCAAUAUCGCUAUAUGCAGAUCUUCGAGAACAAGGGUGCUGCAAUGGGUUGUUCAAAUCCCCACCCCCACGGUCAGAUAUGGACAGUCACAGGGUUACCAGAAGAACCCGCCGCAGAAUUGGAAAACUUGCAGAAAUAUCGCACUGAACACAGCGGGAGGCACAUGCUACAAGACUAUGCAAGACUCGAAACUGAGAAAGGAGAGCGCAUCAUCUUUGAAAACGACUCAUUCAUAGUACUCUGUCCCUGGUGGGCAAUUUGGCCGUACGAAACAAUGAUCGUCCCUCUUCAACACGUUCGAGCUCUACCUGACCUAAGUGUGCAGCAAAGGAAACACCUGGCAGAUGCCCUGUCAAAUAUCACGCGACGCUACGACAAUUUAUUUGAAACACAUUUUCCAUACUCGAUGGGCAUACACCAAGCUCCACUCGAAGGCAGUGACGAGGAAAUUAGAAGCAGCUAUUUCCACAUUCAUUUCUACCCACCACUUUUACGAAGCGCGACUGUCAAGAAGUUUUUAGUCGGGUAUGAACUAAUGGCUGAACCGCAAAGGGAUAUCACUCCUGAGCAGGCUGCUAAGGCUCUGCGUCAUUGUAGUGGGAGUCUGUAUAGGAGUAAUUUAUUCUGA